AACGGACAAUUUCAAAUUAGUUUUGGUUUGAAGGUCGAUCAAAGGUGGCGGUGUAAGUCGUAUGACAGCGGUGGUGAAUGGUGAUAAAAAGAAAUCAAGAAUCGUGAUAAAAAGAAAUCAAGAAUCAUAAAAUCAUCGUGACGGUGACGUCGAAUAUAAGAAGCGGCCCACCGGCGAUUCAUGAAUCGUCAGACUCGCCUAAUCAACGGCCGUAACCGCACCCCUUUUCCCCGACGUCUCCACGUCGUAAUCCGACGACCGGAAUUUUCGCCGGCACUUUUCUCAUCCUUCAUAAGCAAGCGUACAGAGGAUAUCACGCAAGCUUCAAAUCUCAGAACCGAGGAUCUUCUCUCUUCCCCCUCUCUGGCUGCGGAGGCAGUUGGGAAUUCCCAAUUCAAAAUCGCAAUGGAAACUGAUGCAUCUCCUGUUCGAGAAGAUUUCGUUUCCGUUCAAAAUCUCAAACCUGUUGAGAUCUCUGUCGACGAAAGGGAGGACCUGAAUUCUAGCUCCGAAAUUUCACAGAAUCCUCAAUCUUGUUCUGAAACUUCAUCUAGAAAGAUUGCUUCUGUCGAUGAUGUUAGAAGCGAGGAUGUUGUUUCUGUACCCACCGAUUCUCAAACUCCCGAAUCUACUCUAAUGGAGGCAGAAGGAGACAGAGUUCUUCCAGAUGAGCUUGCUAAAAGUGUUGUGAUGUUAGAGUGCGAAUCGUCGGCUGAGGGUGGUUCCUGCGAUGUUUAUUUAGUCGGAACUGCUCAUGUUUCUCAGGAAUCCUGUAGAGAAGUUCAGGCCAUCAUCAGUCACUUGAAACCGCAGGUUGUUUUCUUGGAGUUGUGUUCCAGUCGAAUAACUGUACUGGCCCCUCAGAAUCUACAGGUACCAACCAUGAAGGAGAUGAUAGAUAUGUGGCAGAAAAAGAAAAUGAACAUGUUUGGAAUUCUUUACAGCUGGUUUCUUGCCAAGCUUGCUAACAAGCUAGAGGUUUUCCCUGGGUCCGAAUUUCGUGUGGCAUUUGAACAAGCAAUGCAAUACGGUGGCAAGGUGAUACUGGGUGAUCGUCCAGUCCAUGUUACACUUCGGAGGACAUGGGGAAAAAUGUCACUUUGGCAUAAGGCAAAAUUUCUGUACAGUAUACUUUUCCAAGCAAUCUUUCUGCCAAGCCCUGAGGAUCUAAAUAAAAUGCUGAAGGAAAUGGAUGACGUUGACAUGCUAACUCUUGUAAUUCAGGAGAUGAGCAAGGAAUUCCCUACUCUGAUGGAGACACUU